AUGACUCCCGCCAAUGCUAAGAAUCAAGACAAUGGCGACGAGUUCAGCUUCAUGACGUCGCAGGCAAGCAAUGGCAGCGACGACCACAUGCUUCAGCAGGCUCUCGCCGAACGCGUCUUUGCUGCCAAGGAAAAGAAAAAGAAAGAAAUGGAAAAAAAGUUUCUUGCUGCAGGCCAACAGCAUCUUGUGAAGGAGACCGCGAACACGUCGACAAACAUUCAAUCUACGUAUCAGGCGGCCAACGAGGAAUUGCAACGGUUCAUAAUGGAAUACGUGUCCGUAGAAGACAAGAUACGCGCGCUAUGGGAUCAACUCCGCCGAGAACAGCAGUCGCUUGCGAGCAUAGCUGAGAAACGACGAAUGACGCUGCAAGCAUCAGCUCAAGGAUGCGAAGCAAAGCACAUCAAGGCAAUGGGUCUCGUGAAAGAAGCCUGUUACGGUAUACGGGAGCCCUUUCCAGAUGAUCGCAUAACACGACUGACGCUCCCUCACAGAAAAUGA